ACACAAUGGUCUUGCAACUAGUACUGGGAAGGUUAAGAAAGAACUUGGCAUUUGGCAUCCGAGCUUCCCACUAAUAAGGAAAGUGCUUGUCUAGCUGUGCUUGCUCUUAUCUCAACAAGGGAAAUGUACCGCUUGCACAAGGGCAUCAUUCUAUUACUUAUUCUGGGAAGCAGUUUACUGGCUCUGAUAGCCAUGAUCACUGAUUACUGGGCCAUAAUCCCCUCCACAUCUCAGCACAUGGGCCUCUUCAGGAUAUGCAAUAAGCACAAGACUUGCUACUCCCUCUUGGGCACAGACAGCCCCAAGUAUCUCCUCAUUUCAGUGUUUGUUAUUGGAAUGCUGUUACUUCCCUGCGGAAUCCUAGAAGUCUUUUAUGCCAGUUCAGGAAGAUUAGGCUGCCUUAAGUGUGUGGGGGUCAUAUCAUGCCUACAAGUGAUACUGACAUUCUCUGGACUCAUCAGCGCCACCGUCCUCCUUUCCAGUUUUCUGAAAACGGAAACAUUUUACUUCUCAUGGUCUUUUGCUCUGGGCUGGCUCGCUGUGAUUGUGGCUGCGGCUCAAGUGGCCCUGAGUUUUUAUAUCAACAAGAUAGAGCCGCCUUCCCCUGCACCCACAGUCACAGGAAUUAUGGGAACCUUGCAUGAGAUACAAGUGGCCGUCAUCCCAGUCUCAUAGAGACCCCAGAUUGUGACCUCCCAGUUCAACUAAACCCCAAAGCAUAUGAGAAAUUCAGCUACAUCAUAAGCUGCCCCCAGAGAAUGUCCUGGAGAUGCUCGUCCUUCCAUCCUCCAGAAACUCCCAGCAACAGUGGGCUCAUCCUUCCACCCUCCAGCAACUCCCAGCAACAGUGGGCUCAUUCUGCCACCCUCCAGCAACUCCCAGCAACAAUGCACUAAUCCUCCCACCCUCCAGCAACUCCCAGCAACAAUGCACUCAUCCUUCUACCCUCCAGCAACUCCCAGCAACAAUGCACUCAUCCUCCCACCCUCCAGCAACUCCCAGCAACAAUGCACUAAUCCUCCCACCCUCCACCAACUCCCAGCAACAAUGCACUCAUCCUCCCACCCUCCAGCAACUCCCAGCAA